CUGUGAAACGUGUGGAUUGAGUGAAAUAGGCCUAUAAAAAGACUACUUUUACACUAGGCCUAGUCCUUAGAGGUAACCCUAGCGCUGUUUGAAAACUUUUCCAGUAAAAAUGGUAUUUUUUAACUGUAAUGCCUGUGGUGAAACAUUAAAAAGAAAUAAAGUUGAAAUACAUUAUAGAACAAAAUGUAGGAGUUGUGAAGUUCUAUCUUGUGUAGAUUGCAGUAAAGAAUUUUGGGGAGAUGAUUAUAAACAACAUAUGACAUGUAUAAGUGAAGAAGAGAAGUAUUCUGGUAGUAAUUAUGUAGCUAAACCUAAUAAAGGAGAAGUGAAACAAGAAUUGUGGCAAAAGUCCAUAGCUGAUGCUGUAGAAAAACACAAGAAUAAUUUUAAAAUGAAAGAUCUCUUGACCAGAUUAAUAGAACAUCCUAACAUUCCCAGAAAACAGAAGAAAUUUGAGAAUUUUAUGAGAUCAAGUUUUGGUGUACGUGACAAUAAGUGUAUCAGUGAAAUUUGGAGUAUUAUAUCAUCUUCAACCAGUUCUUCUAAUGGAGCUUCAGAAAAUGGCAGCACAAACGGUCAAAAUAAAACAACCACAGAAGACUGUGAACCACCAGAAAAAGAUAGCAAAGAAACAGAUGAAAACAUUCAGAAACUUAGUAAACGUGAGAAGAAAGAACAACGGAGGUUAUUAAAUGAUAAAAAGGAAAAGAAAGACAGAACUAAACACAGUGAAGCUACAGAAGAAGAUACUAGUAAGAAAAAAAAGAAAAAAAGAAAGAAGAAAAAUGAUGAUAGUGAAAUAGAGGAAGAAAAUGAAGAAGAUGGAGAAGUUGAAAAUAAAAGAAAAAGAUUAGAUGAAAGUGAAGAAUCAGAAGAAGAAAAAGUUGUUAAAAAACGUAAAAUCAAAUUCAGCUGGGAAAAAGUCAUUGAAGAAGUAUUAAAUACAAAAGGAGAAGAAAUACCAUUAAAGAAAUUACGCAAGAAAGUUCUAGCUGAGUAUGCAUCUCAAGGUGGUUGUUUGGAAUCAGAAGAUGAACUUAGUGCCAAAUUUAUGAAAAAACUGACAAAAAAUCCUAAAUUUAAAGUGCUGAAGGAACGUGUGAAACUGGCAAAAUCUAGAUAGAGAUAGUGGGACAUGAAUUGUGAUUUUAUAUAAAGUAAACAAUAAAGACCUCUGUUUUAACAAUAUAUAACAAUCAACUCUUCAUCUAUCUAGAAAACAAAAUCAACAAAACAUGAAUUGCUGUGAGAAAAUGACUCCUUUAAAUUAACCAUUUUGUUCACAUUAAAGUCAGUGAUCAACUUUCUUUUACAUCUUCAUGUCACCAACAAUUCAGUAAUUCAGAAUAAAAUUUGGAAGCAUGACUGUGGAGUAAAAGUCAUUAUUAAUACCCAUUCUGUAACAAUAAUUAUGUCUUUCUGUAGGUAAUACACAAAGCAGCUUCUAUGAUUGUUAAUAAUAUAUCGCAGACAAACCCAAAGCCCAGUUAGCAUUCUGAUGAAUGACCUAAAAUAAGCCUAUCACUCAACUGAUAAAAGCAAAUAUGUAAAUGGAAUUAGAUUGUUUUCAAUUUUUUUGUUUUUUUUGUUUCAAAAACAGGUGGUUGAAUCACUUCUACUGUUUAGAUAAAGUGGAAAUUAAAUGGAUCUUUUAAUGUCUGUAACAUGAUUGAACCUUGGUCCUUCAGAUUACAGGGCAAAUAUCAACCCCAUACCCUCUUAUUUUUUUUU